AGAGCACGUGUGCGCAGUUUCCAAUCGUAGCCGGAGCCUGGGCUGGGCGGGGGAGGGAGCCCAGCAGAGCCUCCUGAGUCAAGCGGCGGCCGCGGCGGCGAGGGCCGCGUUUUGGGCACGGAGUGACGCACGUCGCGCUGGAGCAGAAAUGCGGAAGAAUUAGAAGCCUCCACAGUGUCCAUGGGCUUGGUUUAAAGAGCGCAGCAGCCGCGGCGGCGGAGCAGUUGGGUGCGGGAAGUUGGUAAGAGCGGCAUCUUCCUUAGCUUUCUCCCCACCCUUCGCCCUCUUUCUCCCCUCCUUCCUCCUUCCUCAAGCUUUUUAAUUAGGCCAUAUUAAUUUUUUUCAUGUAUAAUAUGGAGCUCCAUAUAUAUAUGGAAUUAGGACACCCGAUCGGGAUUAACAGAUCGACGUUUUCUUUUUCUAUGAUUUUCCUUCCUUUUUAAACUUUUUUUUAAAAAAUAAAACAAACAGCUUUAGAAAUCCACGAGCGCGCUGCGCCAUGCGCCUUUACGCAGGGUCGCCCCCUUCCGUGUUUUUUCCUGCGGGUGCUUCUGUGCCCCAGCCGGUGGCGUGGAGCGAGGCCAGGAGCCUCUCCAGGAGCUUCGCCUCGGGCCGGGAAGCAUGAGAGGCCUCGGAGAAGAGUCCCCCGCUUCGCGGCGCUCGUGCGCUCUUCUGCGGGCCCUUGUCGGGCGGCGCGCACCUCCGCUUGCGGUUUGAGCCGCCCCGACGGAGUUGUGUCCAGGAGCGCCAGCCGCUUUUGCCUGCCUGCCUGCCUGCCGAGGGAGAGACGCGGCCAGGCCAACCCCCCACCCACCCGACUGGGAGACUCGCGACGACGCUGCCUGGCUGCUGCAGGGAGCCCAAGGCGAUGCCCUACGCGCUCCUUUCCCAGCGGAGGAGGACACGAUUAUGUCCACUGACCAGCUUAACAGCACAACAUUGAAGGAUGCUCAGUUGAAAGACCUGGUUUUGGAAGGAGCUGAACUAGAGUUUGUUCAGAUUAUCAUCAUAAUCGUGGUUAUAACUGUUAUGAUAGUGGUGAUCAUCUGCUUAUUGAAUCAUUAUAAAGUGUCAACACGGUCAUUCAUCAGUCGGCAGAGCCAACGCAGGAGGCAAGAAGAAUCUUUACAAACGGAGGGGUGUUUGUGGCCUUCUGACAGCUCAUCUUCACGCCGGGGAGCUUCCGAGAUCAUGUAUGCCCCACGGUCCAGAGACAGGUUUACUGCUCCAUCCUUUAUGCAGAGGGAACAUUUCAGCCGCUUCCAGCCAACCUAUCCAUACAUGCAGCAUGAGAUUGACCUCCCUCCUACUAUCUCCCUCUCCGAUGGUGAAGAGCCGCCACCAUACCAAGGGCCAUGCACUCUGCAGCUUCGGGACCCAGAACAACAGAUGGAACUCAACAGAGAAUCUGUGAGGGCACCACCCAACAGAACUAUAUUUGACAGUGACUUGAUAGACAUUUCAAUGUACAGUGGGGGCCCGUGCCCACCAAGCAGCAAUUCGGGCAUAAGUGCAACCAAUUAUAGCAGUAAUGGAAGGAUGGAAGGACCACCCCCGACUUACAGUGAGGUCAUGGGGCAUUACCCAGGUUCCUCUUUUUUCCAUCACCAGCAAAGCAAUGCACCUCCUUCGUCACAUAGGGGGAGCAGACUUCAGUUUCAACAGAACAAUUCGGAGAGCACAAUAGUCCCAAUUAAAGGCAAAGACAGGAAACCAGGAAACCUUGUCUAGUUUCCUUUUCCAUAUGCACUUGAAGAGAGAUGGAAGAAUCAAGCAGGAGCAUUAUAGAAGUUUAUAUGCCCCUGUGCACAAUAUUGUUUUAAGUUUCAUGUGAUGCGGUUUCGUAAAACCAAACGUGCAAAGCUGUUGUUUCUGAUUCCUUUCAGGGGAAUUGCAUGAAAAGUGGUUUGAAACAACCACAACCUUCCAUUCAGUUUGGCCAUGAACAGUGUUCUAAUUUUCUUUUCUAUUUUGGGGUGGGUGGGGGAUAUAUUAUUAUUAUUUUAAAUAAACUAUUUGAAUUUAUUUAAUUAUAAGAGGUAACUUAGCACAGAAAUAUGGCUUACACAGCCAGUUUUAUAUUGAGUGAAUGGCUAAAAGAAGAGGUCAAGAAAGGGUUACUAGUUAAAUGGGGGCAAAAUGGGCCAGUUUGCUAUCCUUACCCCGCCCUCCCAGAAGUGUGAAUUUUUUAUCUGACUCAGCAUUUCUGUUUUGUGUGCCAAGGUAUAAAGUUAGGGAAAAUCUAGAUGAAUACGAGGAGUUAAUUUGUGUUGUGAUACAAGUGUAUUAAAUUUGCACUAUAUGAGAACUGUUUUACAUGAAGUUCUUCUAUAUGUUGUCUUUUCACCUGUGGAAUAAUGAUUAGCCCCUAGGAACCCUCUUCAGAAAUUUGUCUAGGCUUCUGUUGAUUAAUCAUUGAAAGGGGAAUUGGAUUUAAUCAGUUCUUUUACCAUUUUCCAUAAAUAAAUAAACAGCAAAAGACAUCUUAACAUGUUACCUUUUGCAAUAAUUUUUGCAUUCAAAUAGGACAUUGGCAAGUUGUCUUAGAAAUUUAUGAGUGGAAGAAAGCAAAUGUGAAAUUGCAGGCGUUUCCUUUAGGUGGUUUUUGCUAUAAGCCAUUUGUUUAACUAGAAGCAGAUAAAAAUGCCAGAUGCAUUUACCUUUUUGUGUGUGAUUAUUACUAAAUCUUAUUGCUUGUCCCCCCCCUCUUAAAAAAAUGCAGUUUCCUUGUUACCUAAAGCUUCUGCAGAUUUUUAUCUUCACUUGAGCCCAUAAUCAGUUGCAUAGCCUGACAUCCUACAAUAAAUGAUUUAAACAUACAUUAUGAGUUUUUGCUGUUAAAUUGCACUUUUGUUGUGAUUUUCCUAUUAUCUUUUGUGUGCUAGAUCAGACCUCUGUAGGCCCUUUCCUUAGUAGCUACCAUUUCUUCAGCUAGUUUGACAAUGCUAAAGUGGUUGUUUGCCGAGCUUGCACCAUUAGAAUGCUACGGGGAAUUGUUUGGGAAUCUGAGUUAAUCAGUUUUGUAAUUGGUUAAUCAUGUCUUCAUGCAUUGAUCUGAACUGGUUUAUGUCGAGUGUGCAAACAGUUGUGUAAACUUGUUAUUAGGAUCAUGCUGUGUCACGUUUUUGAAUAUAACUUUAGAACUGUAACAUAUAUAUUAUUACAAUUUUUUUUUUAAAAAAAUGCAGCCUAAGGAAUCCCAGUGAAUUUGUAUUUCAUUCUGUGAUUGAUUACCUGUGUUGCAAAUGAAAUUGGAAGGUAUUCCAAAGGGGACUGGUUGUGAACACAAAGCACACACAAAGCACAAACAGGCACUUCAAAUGCAGUUAACAAAUGAACCUUAAAAGAAAGCGUCUUAAAUUUUGAUAUUCCUGAGAGUUAUAGCUGCAUGGCGAAGAUUUCCCUUGGAAGUCUCCCUUUUCUAUAGUCAUUAAGGGCACCAUUUUGCAAACCCGAACAGCUGACAGGUGUACCAACUAUUGUAAUGACCUGGGCUGUAGUCCUUGCUCAGCUUGCUGAAGUUUGGGUUUCUGUUGAACUUCACAAACUAAAGGAACGUAAGAUUGAAACCUGAUUGCCGAACGGAGUCUCUGACCUAUGCAGAGUUUUUAUGCCAAAUCAGCAUGUGUGGUAUAUCUUGCUCUAGAUGUUUUCUCUGUAAAUAUGCUUUCAUUAAUCUAAGGUGGCUUGUGAACUUGAUGACAAGCUUGAGGGACAGUCUAGAUAAUAAUCUAAAACCACAGAACCUUUUUGUGAGCUGACCACAGCCCACUUCCUCGUAGUCCUAAAGUAGCCAUGAUUUAAAAGCUCUUUUUCUCAUCUAAGUAAGCGGGGCUGACUUGCAUACCUCUGUCUGUCACGUGGUAACUAAAUAUCUCGUGAUAGCUUAGUUGUGUGAACAGCCACUACAAGUCGGCUAUCUUGGAGUUCUUGCUUUUUGUGAAUGCUGUUCCUUUCAAGGGAGAUAAGCUUAUAAGGUGAUUUAGUAGUAUCCAUUUAAUAAUAUCCACUGGACUCGGUUCAGUGAGACUAAAUGACCAGCUGUUCUUCAGCUCCUGCCUAAUGUGAUUUCCAAGUGAGACGUUUCUGAACUUAAUUAUUACAGAAUUGAAUGGUUAGAGAUGGGGCAUACCUUUAUAAUUUGGAUUUAAAGUUUACACGUGUGUGUUUGCAUCUAUAGAACGUUUCUCCUGUUGUAUGAUCUGAUAAUUUAUUCAAACCUCUAAGGUCUUUGCAUUUCAGCAGUCGUUAAUUGAAAGUCAGCUGACAAACUGGAACUUAUUGGAUCAACCGAUGGGCAAGUAGGUGUUGGCAGUAGACCACCUGGACUCCAAAUUUGCUCCCUGCUUUGCCAAGAAUGUGUUCCAUAAAAGGUAAUGCUGUUGGAUUUGGUUUAGUGUUAAGUUUAAGCACUGAUCUGCAGAGGGUUAGGAUUAUUUCUAGGUGGCUGCCACAAGUUCCUGAGCUCUCCGAUUUCCUGUGUUUAUUCAAAGGUUUUAUUAUUUCAGAAAGCUCUACAUCGUUCAUGCAUUUGGCGUGAGGGCUUAAAGAUAUAUGCAUAUUCAUGAGCAGAUGCUUACCCUUGAGAUGGCCCAUCUUUAUGUCUCUAAGCAGUAUCAAGGCUGAAACAUCUUUCUCCUUUACACUUACAUAAUCUCCAACCACAUUAAGCUGGGACUGGGACAAUCUCUAUUUGGCUGGCUGUUGGGUUCUUUCUAUCUUUUCCCUUUGCUGCAUCUGUGAGUAUUGAGACAUUUCUCUUUUGUUGCUGUCCUUUUUCGCACCUGCAAGGGCAUUCCUGACAUAAUGAAUUUGAUCCCGGGUUCAUUAAUGAGAACAAAGUUUGCUUAGCAUCCUGGAUAAGAAUUACUGGUGUGCUUGUUGUUGUUGUUUAGUUGUUUAGUCGUCUCCGACUAGUGCAUAAAUUCUAAUGUGCUGCUUUGUGCAUCCUUUGUACUUGCUUCAGGGCAAGACUACAUGUGGCCUGGAUUCCUUUUUUUGGCAGAUAUUCUUGAAUGAGGUGGGAAUGGAUGUCAAGGGGUGGAUAGCUAUGUUUAAAAUGCAAGAUAAUUUCUUCAAUCAAAACAAAUCCUGACUUGGUGCGGGAUGACUUUAAAAAAUCCUUUCUAAAUUGAAAAUUAUCAACUCUAUAUCUGAAAACAAGUGCCCUUCCAAGCAGGCCCAUGUAGUUUUUUUUUUUGGGGGGGGGGAAAUACAUUUGCCCCAGGCCUCUGAGGGCAACGCUGGUUGGGGGGGGGGGGUCUCACUAGCGGCCUGCUAGACCUAUACUGUUUGUGAGUUUAUACAUUCUAACAAGAAUCCCACCCCCGGCCUCAGACAAGCGCUACAGAGGCCUGCUCCCAAGUCUCUGCAAAUAAUCGCAAAAGCUGGUCAGGAUUAUUUUGAUAUCUGAGGUAGUCCCUCUCCUUAACAUUCAAAGCACACCAAGUUUGUUGCCCUUUCAUUUCAUCCAAAAUCAGCUGCUUGAAGUGGCUGUCUCUGUUUAGGGGUAGGGCUGCUCCUCCCCAAAGGCUAGCAAUAUGAAACAUGCAAAGUGUGUUUAGGCCACAAAACGAAUGUCCUAAACCUUUCCAUGUUUAGCAUCAUUCAAAAGGGAGCACCUUCUCUUUAUAGAGAUACACACAAUGCUCAAACCAACCUAUGACAGAAGGGACGUGUGAAAACUGGCUGCUCCAUUUUUUGUAGACUAUAUGCAAGAGGGGAUUUAAACCCAACUUUGAGGAUUAUCCCUUGUCAUCUUUCUGUUACAGUGUGUGGCAGUCCCCCGAACAUCAGAUGUUAUACAGGAGAAUAAUGCAAAAAAAUAGCUUCAUUUUUCACCUGUCAAGCUUCUUUCAACUAGGGCUUGAGACCAUGUACAAUCAAGGAACACUUAAAACUGCUUUUAGUUUGGUACAAGUUAAACUAUUUUGCAGCAGUCUUCUAGGUGUUGAUUGGUUUUGAAAAUCAAUUGUAUCCAAAUCUAGUUCUUUCAGAAUUUGCAGUGUUAUCUUCCCUUUUUCCUGUAGAGAGAGUAUUAACAGUAUUAGUAUUAACAGACUUUAUUCAACACUUUUGUGAAAGGCCUGCAUAUAUGGGAUCACUAUUUAAAAUGUUAUAAACGCCUCUUCCUAGGAAGGAAAUGAUAAAAGGUUUAUGUGGCAAUUCCUGUUGAGAACUAGAAUUCUAGCGCAGAACUAGCUCACAAGUUCUCCACUUGUGAAAAUGGUGAACUGGGGGGCUUAAGAUGGUAUGAUAAUUUAGCCUAAAAUUGAGAAGUUGUUUUAGGGCUCUUUCAAUUGUGCAGUUUAAAAGUGAAAGUUAAGUGUUAUAAGAGAGUACCAAUGGGAGCUACUUAUUUCAUUGCACUGCAUGUACAUUUUCAGGGCUUCAUUCCUACUUGUUCUGUGUUGGGCAUGAAAUUAAGUAACAUCUGUUAUGUCUUCCAACUCCUUUACACAAAAUACUGCUUGGAUAUGUUUGUGAAAUAGGGGCAUUCCUUGUAGAAUGAGUUCUUUGUAUGUAGAACAUUUAAAGAUGCAUCUAGAUUUGUGGGUUUGGAGUGAUACUGACAUAUGCAAAUCACACAGGAGCUUUACCAGUCUUCAAAUUUAUUCUUGCUAAUCAAAAUGGCAUCUUUGAGUAUCAGCUCAGUGGACACAUUCCAGAACAGUGACUUGUAAUGUGCAACACACAGAUACUGUUUCUGAUUGGUGCCACUUGUUUUGGCAUGAUAAUGCUAAAUCAACGGGCGGGCAGUGUCAUCAGGAUGCAGUAAGUCUUCAGUCCACUGAAGCUGCACCAUAGCAUGACUGCUAGAAACUGCCCCUGCAGUUUUAUAUGUUCGAGAGAUAUCAUACUAUUCAGUUAACUGCAUGCUCCUUGGCCAAGAAAAAACCCAGAUCACUUUUCUAAUUUGGAGAAAAAGUGUUGUGAAGCAAUGCUACCUUUGGUUUAUAGGCCUGGAGGUGGUAGUGGUGAGGGAACCCUUUGAAAACAUUAGAACUCUUAACUCAGUAAAAAAAAAAAGUCUCUAAAAUGAUGUGCAAUGCACAAAAUUGUUCAACGUGUUAUCUUGACAUAACUUCCAGAGGGCAUUGUAGUGAAGCCAAUGAAACUUCUAUAUAUCAUUUCGAUAUAUUUGCUUUCGUAGACACAUUGAAUGUCUUGUCUAUUCAGAUUUUAGGAAAUUAUUCAGUACUAUUCCAGAGAUUUGGUAUGGACUUUUUGAAUGGUAUAAAUCAACUAAUUAAGCCUUUUUGCCCUUAGAGCUACAAAUUUGAGAGGAGCUGGUUAAAAGUUAGAAGUGUUUGUCACGAGAAUGCAACAAGUAUUUGGUCAGGUGAUUACUUCUAGUUAUUUCUUCUUUUUAUAUGUUUAUGUAUUUCUUGCUGGGAUGCGAGUGGAGUUGUGGUCUAAACUACGGAGUCUCUUGGGCUUCCUGGUUGGUAGGUCAGUGGUUUGAAUCCGCUCGAUGGUGGUGAGCUCCCAUUGCUCUGUCCCAGCUCCUGCCAACCUGGCAGUUUGAAAGCACGCCAGAGCAAUUAGAUAAAUAGGCACUGCUGCUGCGGGCAGGUAAAUGCCGUUUCCUUGCACUCUGGUUUCUGUCACGGUGUUCUGUUGCGCCAGAAGCGAUUUAGUCAUGCUGGCCACAUGACCCUGAAAGGUGUCCGUGGACAAACGCCAGCUCCCUCGGCCUGAAAGCAAGAAGAACGCCACACCCCAUAGUCGCCUUUGACUGGCGUCCCUUACCUUUUUAUAUUUCUUACUACCCCACACCCCACCCAGGCGUAUGUGUGAGAACUUGCAUUCCAUCAAAGAUCUCUCUUCUUUGGCAAGUGUCCUGCCCAGGACUACUUUUGGAUUGAUGCAAGUAGGAAAGCAUCCUUUUGAACCUAUGGAAGCAGAAUCAGCAACACCACACAAGCACUACCUUGUAUGGGUUUAGUUUGGUCAAUGCUUGCUUUUUAAUUUUGAUCAUUACCUUCCUAAAGAAAAAUGAGCAAAGGUUUUUCUUUUUUAAAAAAUCUGUUCUUUGCCUUUAUUUCACUGUUUGCUUGUCAACGAAUGUUACUAAAAAUCCUAUUAAAUCCAUGAUUUUCUUUCUCAAAAGUCCUCCUCCCCCUACCUGUAUGUGCACCUUUGUGUAUGUUUCUGCCUAGAUUUGGCUAGGAAGAAUGCAAAAUUUCCUCCCAUUCAUCUCUUCUUCUUGUACUCUGGUAUGAUCCUUGGGGGAAGUCUGUGGCUGCCAGGUAGUUUCUACUAGUAGUAGUGCUUAGAAUUGGAUUUGAAAAUCUAUAUGGCUAAGGCCAUCAAGCAAGGCUUAUUUUUUCUUGUUUUGUAGAACUCCAUGGGAGAAUUACCCUCCUAAAUUAACUAAUUAAUAGUUCUUGUUCCAAGUCUUCCUAGAGACAGGGCUCAUUCAUAUACAUUUUCCUUGAUGGAUAGGCUUUGGGGACUAUGUCCUUAAGUGCUCCUUAAAAAUAAAGAGGCCCCUAUAUGGAGACUGAUGCUUGCAAUUUGGAUGACCCCAAUGGCUUAAGACAAGCGAGUUUUGUGUGACAAGGUAUAAGAAGACAAUGACAUUCUUCAGUUAUGUUGACAAAGGAACCACCAAUCUUUUGCCAAAAUAAGAAUUAUUAUUUUUUACACUGAAUUGUACCCUCCAUCCCUGGCACCUGAGUGCAUACUCUUAAAAGCACUCUGAAGGUAAUUGGAUUAUCCAAUUAUUGACUUGUAGUGGCCAAACUAGCCAUUUCACUUAUGAAUGUCUUUCCGUAAUAGACAGGCUUACUCACUACUUUAUUUGAAUAUAUUCCUGCUGAAGUCAGUGGUGUGUAUGCUAAAUUGCCUUUUGAAUGCCAAUUUUAAAGGUGGCUUUGCUUUUUUAGGUGAUUCAUUUGCCUGGUUUAUUCCCCCCCCCCUGAUAAUAUUACAGUGAUGACAACCACCAGUGUCAAAUGUUAGAAUUACAAAUAUAUUGGUGAAAGCUCUCAUACUGUCUUUUAUUGCUACUUUCUGUUCUGAAGAACAAAUUGAGUGCUGAGACUAGUUGGAACUGAACAUGUCUUAAACAAGACCAAACACAAAUAUUUUCCCCAACUUGCAUGAACUUUGGUGGUUUGGAAUCCAAUACACUGAAUGAUAGUUUAUUAUCUAACUCCCUUUUAAUGCUAGAAAGCUGUCCAUUGGGCUAGGGGAAAAUCUUUUAUUCCAGUCCCACCAAACGUGUGUGUUGACAGUGAUGGCUGUUGAGUUGUCCAUUUGUAUUUGUGGAAGUCUGUUCCAUUGAAACGGGCAUGGGUUUAAUUUCACGUAAUUCUGUGUAGGAUCAGGCUAUUUAUUGCAGCAUUGCUGCUGCUUCUGCUUUAAGUAGAGUUGGUAUGUCAGGUUCUUUGUUUGGAUACAACAUGGUAUGUGCUAGGAUCUCAUUUUCAUUUCCCUCCCCACCCCAUCUCUUUGCCCUUCAAAUAAAUAAAUAUUUUGUCAGUGUUUGUCCCAUACGUUACGAAAGGGAUAUGACUUAAAUGUAUACAUGUGUGUAUAAAAUAUAUCAUUUGGAGGUGUGCACGAUUAUAGUUCAUAAGCAACUAAGGUGCCUCAAGUUCAGGAACAACCCCCUUGCACUCUCUAGGCUCGAAACCUCAAAGGCCAUUGAAUUCAGUAGAAAGAUUCCCAGUGACUUGAAUGAUCCUUUGAAUCGAGCCUAUUCUCCCAGCUUUGUUGUGCCUCACUGAAAAUGGUGCUUUUCUUGGUCAUCUGUCUCUUCAAUUUUGAUUUUUAAGGGUGCUGUAUAUAACAUUAUAUUAUGCACAUAUCCUACCCAAUGGGUAGAAAAACAAAAUGAAACGAAACCCAUUGUUAAUAUUGUAACAUAAUGUAUAGAAGAUAACUGUUUAAACACAAAAAGGCAUUGAACUUGUGAAUGCCUACUUGUGUGCUUCGUCCUUUUUGUAAGAAUUUGCAAAAGAAUGCAUACAAAAGACGGGAAGUCCCAUGUAUUUUUAUUUUCUUAUGAAAUAUCAAAGUACUAUAACGGAAAACAAAGUUUGAACAAACCACUUUUGAUUAUUAGCCUGUUGAUGAUAACCGGUUGCUUGAUACAUCUCUGCUGUAAGGAGUCACUUGUGAGUGUUGUUUGCGUGUGUCAUUUUAAAUGCAUAAAUACUUAACGUUGUAGCUAGCCGCUGAUUUUUCCUUGCUGCUUUACUUAUUAUGAGAUUAGACCAUUGGCUUCUUUUCGUUAUUUAUGACUCUUAUCAACCUAGAGAUGGGCUGAAUCCUAAGAACACCUAUAUUUGAAACGCCAACAUUUUAAAAUAAGAUUUGAUUAAAGUAGGAACUUAAUUCCAAACCACCCUUCAAAAUGUAAGAUGGACUAGCAUUUUUGUUUCACAGGAGCAGGAUUUAUUUUUUAAAUGCCAUUUUAAAUUUGGUGUGUGGUCCAGGCAGUGAUCUUAAGGGGUCAAAUUGGUGUUCCCUGCACAUCUUUCCUUUGCAGUAGUAAUGUGCUGGUCACUGUGAUACCAGACUUGGUAUCCAAUCCUUAUAAUCCAAGUGAUACAAGGAAUAACAUACUGCUGCUACCCUCCCACAAAAGUAUCAGAAUUUUGCAGGUUUUCCACUCCACAAACUUUCAUGCACUUUUCAUUUUAGUGAACACAAGCACUGCCAUCUUGAUGUGUCUUCCCAACUUGUCCAUCGUGUGUGUGUGUGAGUGAGACAAGAUUUUAAAAGGUUCUGGUUGUCCAUUGCAGGCUGAACUUGGGAAUGCUUGAUGUUAUGGUGACUUUUGAAGGAUGCAAGCUACUUUUCUUGCAAGACCACCUCUUUUUCUGGCCAAUGGAUUUUUUGUUUCUUUUCUUAUGAAAGGGUCUAUUGCAAUUUUUCCCCCUUUUGCGACUUUGUUUUUAAUUUGGAUAAUGAGACAGGUCUUAGACCCUUGAUGAGAACAAGGAAAAUAUUGUUUGGUGUGGCAGGUGCUGUGCUCAGCAAGGUUGCCUUGGCAGUACAAGUUCACCAUCUGUCUGCACUGUAUCCAGCUUCUGGAGCUUAGGCUUAUUAGGCAAAGCAAAUACCUCAGAAAAAACUAAGGCAGGUUUUUAGUGUUGAAGACAGCAGAAUCUUGUAAUUAUUAUUCUUUUUUAAAAAGGAACUUUUCAAUAUCCUUGUUGGUUCAGGUUCAGAAUGACCUUGUUAAUCAAGAGUGUGAAAUUAGUUCCUCUGACUAACAAGUCUGUUUUCCUCAUCUUGAGUGACAUGGUGAUGAUGCGGAUGCCUUUCAGGUUAAAACUAUCCUAGAACUAUCCUAGUCGGUCUCUUCUAGCCCACUCCCAGCAAAGCUGGACCACAAAUUGAUAAAUUGAUGCUGACCACACCUUUGUUGACUUAACCUAUGGGAAUGAAGAGAAGUCCCCCUGGUGGCUGUGUUCUCAGGAGACAUUGUGGCUUUCAAAGGCUGUGCUUAAAAAGUUUUUUGUUUGUUUGGGUGCCCUUGUCAGCAAUCAUUAUCUAGGUCAUUGCCAGAGGGACUGAUCCUAAUCUGAGGAGCAAUCUGCAUUGUCUUUCACAGAGGAGGUCAACAAGGCCAAAUGAGUUCAGAAAUGUGUUCUUUGCUAAGCUCUUACUAGCACAUCCUUACUUCUGUACCAGGCCUGCAAUUUUGCUUGUUGAUAUCCUCCUAGGAAACAUAUACUUCUAUCCUGUACCAGGAUACUAUCUGCUAUCCCCGUCCUCAAGUACUAUGGUGUUUGUGGCGCUUUCAUAUUUUUGCCAUCUGUUCUGUUCUUCCACCUCCACACCCACACUAGAUAUUUUUAAGUAGCCUCCCAAAAACUUGUGUGCACGGUUUAAAUAUUGUUUGUUCAUUUGGUUGGGAGAUGGAGUGCUAACCUUUAAAACUUUGGUUGUGCUGACCAUUUCCUUGCUCGCUCUGCGUUAUUGUGAUGUUCUCCAGAGUAGAUGAAACCUUGCAUGUUAGUGAACUGUGUGCAGGGUGGUAUCUAGCAUGCAGGUUGAAAAUUGCAAUAACAAAAUGUUUUAUACCCAUUGGACCAAAAAAACAAACAAACCCUCCAAAACCCUUCUCUUUAAAAAGAACCAAUCUGCUUUGAAUCUGCAGUGAGGAAAGAGAUGAUAAAAACCUGUCAAGUAGACCUGGAGCUCCGUUCAGACUUUCCCACUUCCUAGAUAUAUAUAAUUUUAAAUCAAACUUUACCCCCCACCCCCACUCCAAAACAACCUGCAUACAACCAAACACUUCCCCUCUGGAACAAGAGUUCAAAGGCAUGUUGUUAAGACUGCAAAAAUUAAAACAGACUUUAUCAGAGUAACCAUUUUCUUCACGUGCAGUACUAAAGCAAUUUACACAUUACCAGAGAACGUGGUCUUCAAGUAGCUUGUCAAAUAGCAAAUAAUGUUUCUAUGGUUUGCACACUAACUUGGCUAUUAGAUACUGAAUUUACCGCUGCAUUCAUGCCUGCUUUCAGUACAUUUUAUUAUUGUUUUAGUGUUAAUAUUCCAGCCUAUAAUCUGUGUUACACAAUAAGGUGCAUAUGAUUUGUUGCUUUCCAAACUGGGUCACAUGUCCUGCUCUUAUGUCUGCCUCGGUUGUUUGUGUGUGUGCAUUUUCUUUCAAGUUAUUCCAAAAAUACAAAUAAAAAACAGCACUAUCUACAAUAUUUAGUCUUUCAUUUAAACUUUUUUUAAGGUAUCUGGUGGGGAAAUAUAAA